AUGAACAAGUCUACUUUAGAGAUAUACAUUAAGUUUAUAAGAAUAUUAUGUAUUAACAUCAUUUGCUUGGAAUAUGUGAAGGAAGACAAAGGUACAAUUUAUAAAUCACGAUUGGAGUGGUACUGGAUGUCAAAGUUCAAUGUUUGACUAAAAAUAAAGCAUACGAAAUUUGGAAAUUAAUCCUCUUUCGUUCUUGACGAUUCUGCGUAUCAAAAACGCACGCAAACGAAUCAUAUGAUUGGGUAAUCACACAACAAGGAAGAUCCGAGGACAAAGUUUUCUAGAUCUGAGGUGCUUACCUUUUUCUCACACAUUUUACUAAAUUUCACUCAAAGAUAUCGGCAUGCGUAGUAUUCUGGUGGCAGAGUAUUUUGCCUUCGUUGUUGGACCUGCUCUGGGACUUUCGUUGAAUGACCUCUAUCCAUUCGGUGACCAAGCCGGAGAUACUGCUAUGAACAAAAAUGACGACGGUAGCUCGCCAGAUAUACCCAUAUCAACUCUUUUCCCCUUUUUUAACCACCAACAUACCAAGCUAAUAGUGAACACAAACGGAGUUAUAUCUUUUCUACGACCUGUAGGAACAUACACCCCAAACCCAUUUCCUAUUGCCAAUGACGCCAGGAUGAUAGCUCCUUUUUGGGCAGACAUUGAUACAAGAAAUGGGGGGACAGUGUGGUACAGAGAGACUACUAAUGAUACUCUGCUUGACAGAGCCACAGACGAAGUGCGAGCUUACUUUCCCGGGUUUUUUAGAUUCAGGGCAUCAUGGGUAUUUAUCGCCACGUGGGAUCGGGUUGCAUUUUUUGGAUGUGCUAGUGGAGGAUGCUUUAAGAACAACAUGUUCCAAGCAGUCUUGAUAACAAACGGCCAGCAUUCCUUCACAAUAUACAACUAUGAAGACAUACAGUGGACAACUGGAACAGCAAGUGGAGGGGACAGUACCACUGGGUUAGGGGGAACCCCCGCUCAGGUUGGAUUCAACGCUGGAGAUGGAAUAGUAUCUUUUACAGUCAACUCUUCACGCAGUCCUGAUAUUGUUAAAGUGGAUGAAGAUUCAAAUGUAGAUAUACCCGGAAAAUUCGCGUUUAGGAUUGAUGCAAGUGACAUCAGUGAUGGAGGAUGUAAUACAGAAGGAAGAUUGACAAUUACCCCUCGGUAUGGACCAAUGUUAGGGGGGCAGUACCUAGUCAUCAGUGGCCCAUGUAUCGAACCCGGAGCGACAAUUGAACUGAAUUUCCUUGGCCUUCCCGACAAGAAAAAUUGUGAAAGAAAAACAGAAUUCAGCAUGGCGUGUAUAACACCGAUGUUUCUAUACACAGGCGAUGUUAUCGUCCAGGUCGUCAUUGAAGAUCAGCAGGGAGAUAGAAAGACGUUUUUGGGGCGAUACACCAUCAUAAAUCCUGCCGACAGCAAACACCGAGUAUACAGACACAGCGCAUCUGAUUGGUUCUCAGGACGACAACAAAUCUCAUGGGACCCGGAUGUUGCAGAAUUAAAGGACGACGAGAAAGUUGACAUACACUUAUUCUAUCUAAAGGAGGAAGGUAAUCGUGGUUUAAAAUGGCAAAAAGAGAUUCUAAAACAAGGAGUGCAGCGUUUACUAGGAACGACAGAACUCUUCCUUCCAACGAGUGGUUACGCUUUGGCUGUGAGGGUCACAGCAUCACCGCAGAGAAAUGAUCAGUUUGAAAGAGGAAUUUGGUCAGAUAUAUUCCCUCUAGCUCUACCAUCCGACCAAGCCUACUCUUUAUGUAAAAACUGGUUGAAUACGGAAGUACAGUUGCCACCACUCCCAUCUGAUGAUGUUCAACCAUGUCCUUGCACGUUAGACCAAGCUCUCUUGGAUAUUGUGCGAUUCCAACCGGAUCCGGAUUGCAACAUGUUCAACAGAAACUCGCAAUUUUCCCGUACUGGAAACUGUCUACACAGACGAGAUGCAGCGCACUGUAUCCGAUUAACUGACCUGGGACAACAAAUGGACAACCUCUGUUGUUACGACUCGAGUAACAAUCUGAUUGAUUCAAGACUUAAAGAAGGCGGGUCCCUACAGCGAUACCACUACCUGGGAGGAUCCAGAAUUUACCCCUACCUCACCAACUUUUACUUUGAUGUUCUUCCUUUCCUCCACUGUUGUCGAUAUUCUCGGAAUGGUUACAAUGUCGUCACUGGUGGAAACAUCGUCGUUGCUGAAAACAUUUGUCCCCGUUUUUUUACGCAUAGGAAAUAUAGUUCCUGCGAAAACUAUGAACCACCGCGUCCAGCCAGGACGAACGGUGACCCCCAUAUCACCACCUUAGACGGAUACAGCUAUACAUUCAAUGGUGUUGGGGAAUUCGUGUACCUGAAAACCACGGACGGAAUUUUUCAAAGUCAAAUCAGAUUUGAACAGUUUCGUAAGGAAAAUGGAGAUUUAGUGGAUGCAAGUGUUUGUACCGCCAUUGCAACUCAACACACCAAUACUUCCGGUGUUGUGGAAGUUCGUCUCAACUCCAUUCGAACAGCCGACAUCCUGGUUGAUGGAGAAGUUAUUGACUUCGAUGAAUCGAAUGCACACCAAUUUCCAGGAGCAUUCGUGCUGCAAAUUGCAUCAAAUGAUUCCAACAUUAAUUCAACGAAAAAAGAGUUCAUUGUGUCCUUCACUGAGAUUGGAAUAGCAUUUAAAGCGAUAGCAAGCUCCAAAGUUCUUAACAUUCUACCAAUAGUUGGAAAUAAAUCGUUAGCUGGGAGUUUAAGAGGUUUACUUGGAGAUUUUGAUGAAAAUCCAAAUAAUGAUUUGCAAACGGAUUCUGGAAGGAUUCUCUACCCAAACUCAUCUACCGAACAGAUUUUCGACGAUUUUGGAGUCUCAUGGAGGAUUACAGAAAACUCAUCCUUAUUUACUUAUGAACCUGGGAAGUCCUAUGAUGACUAUCAGCUACGGUCAUUUCGCCCAGCAUUUAGUGUGCCUACCAAUCUGCCACCGGAAGUUGUAGAUUUAUGCGGAACAGACCAAGAAUGUGCAUUUGAUUAUGCCGUUACAGAUUCCGCUGACUUAGCUGCGGAAACACUACAGAUUACUGUAAUAUUCAAUACUUCUGUUGAAGCUUCUUAUGAAAUAAAGAAUUGUGCCAACCUGCCAUCUGUUGUCGGGGGUGUUUGGAAUGCUUCAAGCACGCUGGAAGGUUCUAAUGCUACCUUUUCAUGCUACCCGGGUUAUGAGAUGGACGGCGAAAGUAACAUCGUGUCUUGUAGAAAUAAUUCUUGGGGCGACUUUGGAAAUUUUAGCUGCGUUCAAAUUAAUACCAGUUCUACGUUAGAAGUUACACCAACUUUAUUCACAACUGAAAAAGAAACAAGCAUCCCAACUACAUCCUUUUUAAAAGAGAUCAUAACAACCACUACAAUGGAAGCCACAACAACAAUAGAGGACGACUUGACAACAACAGUGACAACGACAUCGGAAACGGAAGAAAUCUCAACAACUACUGAUAUACCGACAACAUCUACAUCACAAACUUCAACAACUAGUUUACCGACAACAUCUACGACACAAACAUCAACAACUAGUUUACCGACAACAUCUACGACACAAACUUCAACAACUAGUUUACCGCCAACUUCUACAUCACAAACUUCAACAACUAGUUUACCGACAACUUCUACAACACAAACUUCAACAACUAGUAUACCGCCAACUUCUACAACACAAACAUCAACCAUGACAUCAACAAAGCAGUGGACAACUGCAGAAAUCUCAAAAUCAACUGAUCAACCAACAAUAUUCACAACAGAAAAAACAUCAACAACAACUUAUAAACCCACAGCUUUAACAACACAAUCAACAACAGCAAAACAAACAACAUCCACAACAGAGGAGACAACAACAACACCAAACCAACCUAAAUCUUCAACAAAAUCGACUACAACAACACAAACAAUAUCUACAACAGAAGACACCUCCACAGAACCAGCUCACCAAGCUACAACUUUGACAACGAAUGUAUCAACGGGAUCUGUCACUCAUCAAACAAGCACGUUAAAUAUAAAGGAAACUCUACGUCAAUUCGACGAACAAUUUAACAAAAUCCUUCCCUAUGUGAUAGGUGGCAUAGUUGUCAUUAUUGUCCUCUCUGUUGUAGUGGGAAUUCUUUUCUUAAGAUCCGUUCAACUUAAAAAGAUGAAAAAUAAUCCAAGCGGAACUUAUACUCACACGGAUGGAUUUACAUUUUACAGCCAUGAAACUAAUAAAUGAUAAAACUCUUAUAAUAAUCAAUCAUAGAAACUAUUUUUCGUAUUUAAUGGUGAUGCUCUUUAAAUAUUUUUGUGAACAAAAAAAUAUACUUUAGUCCAAUUUUAACAUUUUAUCGUGCAAUCAGAAAUUAAAUUCUAUGUCACAGAUACUCUAUAAUUAUAAGUUAAUUAGAAACAAUUUGUUUAUCUUGUUUUAUCAUUAAUUAAAACUAUUAUAAAAUGAAAUACCAUAAAGAGAUAUAUUUAUACAUGCAGUACAAUGUUCUGUUUCAAAUUUUCAAUUUUUUAUCUCGAUCAUUUUUACAUAAAUAUUUUUCAUAUAUUAUUGCACAUUUAUUAUUUAAAAACUAAGUACUUGUUAAUAAGUCAUCUCUUGUUUACAUAUACAUGUACAUACAUCAAGAUCCUUUGGACGUUGCCAUAACAUCAUAUUUUUCACUGAUUUGAUUUUUAUUCAAUAGAAGCGUAUUUUCGUUAAAAAAAUCAAGUCGUUUAUGAUCUAAAAUGGUUGUUAAUAUAUUUAUAUUUCAUUGUUUAAAAAUAUGUGUAUAUUAUUUGCUUUUACAAGUUUUGUCACGGUAUCCAGCGUCUUCCCUUGGUUAGAAAGGCUUGUUAAAACACUUUGAAGGACACAAAUAUUUGUCCUCCAGAUGCUUUUAAAACCCUUUUGAAAAGGAGGAAGUUUUGCUUAGCACUUGUCAAGUGCUGAUUUUUAUAUACAAUGAAAGCUCUAGUCUGUCCCAAGUUAUUGCUUCAGUCGCUUUUUGAUGAUUUUUAAUAAAAAUACAAUACACAUAUGUGUGAAAGUAAUA